AUGUCGAAGCUCUCAGAAGCAGCGCGGCUUCGAACAGAGUUUGGGGUACAGCUGCGGCUUCUCCGCGCGGCUGGUGCCUGGACACCAGGGAGUGGCGGUGUGGUGCAGGCGGUUUACGGAUGCUACUGUGCGUUCAUCGUGGUUUCGCUGGUGGUGUUCGUGGCUACCCAGGUCUCCGCCAUUCUGCACUUCUGGGGCGAUAUCAUCAGCAUCACCAACAGCGUCUGUGUCACCUUCGUCUACAUCCUGGCUAUCUUCAAACUGGUGAUCCUGCUCAAGAUGCGUCGCUUAACAGACGAACUCGUCGAGAAUCUCGACAGAUGUAUGGAGCGCUAUGGAAGAACAUUUGAGCGAGAAAAGGCGUUCGUGUUUGGCGAGUGUGCACGCAGAGGCCGCUGGAUUUCUCUAAUGCAAGCGUGGAUGGGACUGUGUUUGUACGUGGCCUGGGAAGUGCAGCCUAUGUUGCGAGUGCAGAGCUGCUCCACUACAGAGUGUCGCAGCCAGAGUGGCUUCCCCACCGUCGUCUGGUACCCGUUCUCCUUCACGGAGCCACCUGCCUACCAGGUUGUGUUCAUUGUCGUGUCCACGGGCCUGUUCUACGGCAACAUUAUCUCCAUCACGGUACACAGCACGCUCUGCACUCUCAUGAUCUACGUGGCUGGCCACCUUCGCGUCCUCAACCUCAUGGCCAGGAACUUGUGCAGCACCCAGCAGUACGAUAAGACAACCGGCGAUCACAAACAGUGCAACAUGUGUGAUGCAGAAGAGCGAAUGAGGGAACAUCUGAGGGAGUGUGUGCGCUACCACAUCGACAUUGAGAGGAUGGUUCAGCAGCUGAGUAAGCUGGUGGGUCCCAUACUACUGGGAGAGCUACUCGUUGACAUGAUCACCGUCAGCGCCAGCGCCUUCGUCACCACAGCCCUUAGCGAGCGCCUGCAGGUGUCUGUGUACAGCUGCGACUGGACUGGGGGAUCUCCUCGUUUCCUCAGGGAGCUGCGGAUCGUCCUGAGCCGCACGGGGCGUCCCCUACUGCUCACCGCCAGCAAGUUCUACACCAUCACCAGGGAGACGUUCCUACUGAUUCCUCCACGGUGCACAUAUGUGACUCAUGGAGGUGUAGUUGCCAUGCAGGUGCCUCCCACGACGACGACCAUUUGUCAUCAGCAGAAAAUCAAUGAGAGCGUAGAAACAAUGGAGACAUCGACUGGCAGCAGUGUGAAAUCCAUAGGAGAUGUUACAUGA